AUGGUAGGCCCCUGCUGUUGUGCUCUCACUUGCUGCCAGCCAACAUGCUGCAGAACAGUUUGUUGCAAAACAACUUGUUGCAAGCCCACCUGUUGUGUGCCUAGCAGUUGCCAACCUUGCUGUUAUCCAACCUGCUGUUUGUCCAGCUGCUGUGCAUCUUGCUGCCAGCCAACAUGCUUUAGGGCAACUUGUUGUAAUCCAACUUGCUCUGUGUCUAGCUGCUUCCAACCCACCAGCUGUUCCUCCAUCUGUUGCCAACCUUCUUGUUGUCAGCCCACCUGCUGCCGGACAACCUGUUGCCACCCCACUUACUGUGUGUCCAGAUGCUGCCAUCCUAUCUGCUGUGAAACCACUUGCUGCAGAACCACCUGCUGCUGUCCAACUGCUUGUGUUUCUAGCUGCUGCCAACCUUCCUGCUGCUGA